UACUUAUUGACAAGAAAAUUUACAGGGUUAAAUUUACGCAGAUGUUGCGUACAUACUCAUUUAUAUGUAUAUAUUGUUUUUGGACAUAUUAAUCAUUUAUUUGUUUAUUAUAUCUUGUACAUCUCGAUAUACUUUGAGAGAUUCAUCAUCAUUUCCUAUGCUUCUAUUAUCUAUUCGUUUAUCAAUAUAUCAAACUGAAUGUGUUUACGAAUGUCCUUCGCACAUUAAAUAUAUAAUUUUUCUAUUUUAUUCUGAUAAAAAAAUAACGUUUGUAUUUUUUGUUUAUGAAUAGUUUAUUGAAUAAUCGAUAAUUAAUCACUUAAAACAAUAUAUUGUGAAUGAUUAAAAAUCAUACAGUACUACUGUGCUAGCAUUAUUUUGUUCAUGGAUACAUUAAUAUUUUAGAACUAAAUGUAACAUAUAAUGAAGCAAUUAAACAAAUUUUUAAUAAAAUAUUAAGGUUGACAAGGCAAUUUGACAUUUUAAAACAUGAAACAGUGUUGUUUAAGCCACCAACUUCAACUGUGGCUUAUGUUUCUUGUCUUUUGUGUAAUGUGCAAUAGAGCAGAUAUUUUAGUAUUUUCUGCGGCUGCAAGACAUCAAAUUGAAGAAGAAUUUAGAGACAUGCCUGCCAGAUUUGGAGGUUUGAUACCAUCUGAAGGGAUUAAGGGGAUGGUUGUGUAUGCAGAACCACCUACAGCAUGUCAUGAAAUACAGGGUCCUCCUAAUAGUACGAGUUAUAUUGGUAAUUGGAUAUCUUUAAUUGCUCGCUAUAACUGUAGUUUUGAAAGAAAAGUACGAAUGGCUCAGAAAGCUGGUUAUGAUGCUGUAAUUAUACAUAAUGUAAACAGCAAUAAAUUAGAACCAAUGCUAGCUAAAGAUCCUACAGGAAUAAUAAUACCAUCAGUAUUUGUCAGUGAAAUUACAGGAUUGAUUAUUAAAGAAAAUUAUUUAUAUGAUGAAUUGUAUUUUGUAUUAAUCAAUGAUGACAGUCCAUUCAAUAUAACACAUUUACUUUUACCUUUUGCUAUUGUCGUAGGGAUAUGUUUUCUAAUCAUGGUUAUCUUUAUGAUUGUUAGAUGUAUUAAAGAUAGAAGAAGGCAACAAAGACAUAGAUUACCUAAUUCAAGUUUGAAAAAAAUUCCUACGCACAAGUAUACAAAAGGUGAUCCAUAUGAAACAUGUGCUAUUUGUUUAGAUGACUAUGCUGAGGGUGAAAAAUUAAGAGUUUUACCCUGUGCACAUGCAUAUCAUACAAAAUGUAUUGACCCUUGGCUAACAAAAAAUCGUAGAGUUUGUCCUGUUUGUAAGCGGAAAGUUUUUGCAGCGGACGAACAAGUUGUUACUGACGAAAGUGAUUCGGAUGCUGACGAUACGACACCUUUGAUUCGAGAAGGCCAUCAAGGUACUCAAGGUGGAACAUUUUCACGACAGAGAGAGAAUCCUUUUAAUCGUGCUAGAAGAUCGCAAACAAGACAACACGAUAUGAUUCACUUCAAUAGUAGUUCUGAUUCUGAAGAAUUAUUAGAUACAACAGAUGAAGAAGCUAGUGUAAGUGCUGGAGAACCAUCUAGUGGCACUGUUUUCAGGCCGUUUGAUAUUCAUAGUAUUAAUGGCGAAUUACCGGACUUGGAAUGUUCUGUGAGCAGUACUAAACCACAUACGGUAAAUUUAUAUACAGAUGUUGAAGAAUUUCCAGCUCCUGUUGUUCAAAUUACAAAUUGCAAUAUACGAACAAAUUCACAAACAUCGAAUUCGGGCGGGUCUGUACCAAUCGAAAGUGAAGCUACAAAUUUUAUUAAUACAGAUUCUGAAGAGAUCGAUAUUCAUGUAUAAAAUUCAGUUAUAUCUAUUUUUUAUUAUAUAUCUAUAUAAUCAAUAAGAUUGAUAUGUUCUUUUAAGACAUUACAAAAUCUGAUAUAGACUGUUAAUAAUUCAUAACUAUA